AUGUUUUCUCACUAUCAACCUGUAAUCCACGCGCCGCCGCCUCCACCACCUGCGCCACUAUCAUCUCCCCAAUUUCGCCUUUCAUUCCCGAAGCUCAACAGCCAACACUCCCCGCGAGCACCACUAACAGAAAAACAGCAAUCAGACCCAUCACCUUCUCAAACUCGAACCAUUUUCCCCUUUCUCCGCGGCGGAUUAAAUUCCGGCGACUAUGCUUUAGCACUCGAUUCAUGCAACUGCCUCGAGCUCGGAAAACAGGUCCACGCUCACCUCCUCAAGAACGGGUUUCACGGCCGCGAGUUUGUACAGACCAAGCUACUCAAAUUCUAUGGGAAAUUGGGCUGUGUUGAAGAUUUACUCAAGGUGUUCGACAAAAUGCCCGAUAGAAACUUAUACUCUUACACAGCCAUAAUGAACAUUCUUUUGGACAACGGGCUUUACGAGAAAGCCCUCACGUGUUUCGAGAGAUUGCAAUUCGAGGAUAUCGUGUUGGAGUUUUUCGUUUUUCCAGUGGCUUUAAAGAUUUGCAGUUCACACGGUGGAGUCGAGUUAGGGAGACAGCUUCACGGAUUGACGACAAAAAUUGGAGUCUUGCAGCAUAAUUAUGUCGGGAACGCUUUAAUUGAUAUGUACGGGAAAUGUGGGAGCUUGAGCAAUGCCGAGAGUAUUUUUGUUAAAAUGCCGAUCAGGGAUUGUGUUUCUUGGAACUCGAUGGUUACGGCUUGUGCAGCUAAUGGGAGGGUUUUCGAAGCAUUGAGUUUUUUGGAGCAGAUGUUAGGGGAAAAUGAUUUGAGACCGAACGUAGUUACGUGGAGUGCUUUGAUUGGUGGGUUUGCGCAGAAUGGUCAUGAUGAGGAGGCCAUUGGGAUGGUGUAUGAAAUGAGAGACGCGAGUUUCGAGCCGAAUGCACGGAUAUUGGCGAGUGUUCUUCCCGCAUGUGCUAGAUUGAGGAAAUUGAGGUUAGGAAAGGAAAUGUAUGGAUAUAUUGCACGACACGGGUUUAUGUCGAGCCCUUAUAUCGUCAAUGGAUUGAUCGAUCUCUACCGGAGGAGUGGAGCUAUGGAGAGCGCUUACAAGGUUUUCUCUAGAUUUUCAGUGAGGGACGAGGUGUCUUUCAAUACCAUGAUUGCGGGGUAUUGUGAAAAUGGGGAGAUUUUGAAGGCAAAAGAGCUUUUUCGGUGGAUGGAAAAUGAGGGGAAGUUGAAGGACUUGAUUUCUUGGAACUCGAUGAUCUCGGGCUAUGUAGAUAAUCUCAUGUUCGACGAGGCUUUGAGAUUGUUUAUGGAUUUAAUAGGAAGUGGAGAAAUCGAACCCGAUUCGUUUACCUUGGGCAGCGUUCUUAAAGCUUGUGCGGAUAUAGGUUUUCACAAGUUCGGAAAAGCUAUACAUUCAUAUUGCAUAGCCAAAGGCUUUCAAUCAAAUCCUUUUGUGGGGGGAGCAUUGGUGGACAUGUAUUGCCAGUGCCGAGAUCUUGAAGCUGCAAAAAAGGCCUUUUGGCAAGUGAAGGAAAAGGAUAUAGUGAUUUGGAAUACCCUCGUUUCUGGUUAUGCUACCUGCAACCAAAUCGAAAGCAUUCAAUCUGUUCUUGAGUCGAUGAAAGGUGAUAGAUUUGAACCGAAUAUAUACACAUGGAACGGAAUAAUUGCAGGUUACAUGGAGAAUGGUCACCAUGAGUUGGCUCUAAAGCUGUUUUCGGAUCUGCAAACUUCAAGUUUGAAACCUGAUAUAUACACAGUUGGAAUAGUUAUACCUGCCUGCUCGAGGCUAGCUACUAUAGAGCGAGGCAAGCAAAUUCAUGCAUAUGCAGUGAGGUGUGGAUUCGAACAGGACGUGUACAUAAGAGCUGCGUUGAUAGAUAUGUAUGUGAAAUGUGGGUUCAUGAAGUAUGCCAAACUUAUCCAUGAUAGGACCAAAAACCAUAAUCUUGUCACCCAUAAUGCCAUGCUAAAUGCGUAUGCCAUGCACGGGCAUGGAGAUGAUGUAAUUGCUUUCUUUCGUAAAAUGCUGUUAAACGGGUUUACACCAGAUAAAGUGACUUUUCUUGCAGUUUUGUCUUCAUGUGUUCAUGCGGGCUCAGUCGAGACUGGACUAGAGUUUUUCGAUUUGAUGGGAUCUUAUGGGAUAAAACCGACAUUGAAACACUAUACAUGUAUGGUUGACUUACUGAGUCGAGCAGGAAAACUCAAGCAUGCACACGAGAUGGUCGAGAAAAUGCCUAUGAGACCUGAUGCAGUGGUUUGGGGUGCACUGCUUGGUGGCUGUAUUAUCUAUGGGGAUGUUGAUAUGGGAGAAAUAGCUGCAAAUAAGCUCAUUGAAAUAGAACCGGAUAACUCUGGGAACUAUGUGAUGCUGACAAAUUUAUAUGCAUCUACGGGUAGAUGGCAUGAAUUAAGAAAAAUAAGGCAACGAAUGAAAGACGAACAACUGCUUAAAAGUCCAGGCUGCAGUUGGAUUGAGGAUAAAGAUGAAACACAUGUGUUUAUGGCAUGGGACAAAUCUCACAAGAGGGCAAAAGAGAUUUACGACAUAUUGGAUAACUUAACAGCACAAAUGAGAUCGGAACAGGUUCAACUGUUGUAA